GAGAGAUGUAACAGAUUAAAUACAACCAGAAGGCAUCGUCGUUUGGAUUUCACUACGGAUUAGGGCCACGUGCUUUUAUUACAUGGUUGGAUUACAAAUCUGGGUAAUUUAACGCAAAAUUAGCCUGACAAUCUCACAGUGAGCCUCACCGCAUCCCCUCAUUUUUGUGAAUACAGAGAAAAACAGGAUCCGGACAUGACUGCGUGACGCUCCUAUGGAUAUAUACGCAACCAUUAAUACAUUUAAACAGAAAUGAGGACCAACUUCGAUUGCUUUUCUGUUUAGUCUUCGUUAAUCAUCUGCAGCUUCAUUAUUAGCCAUGGUUUUGUUGCGGGGCUUUGUGCAGCUGACAGUGCUGCUCAUCCAGAGCGGAUGGUGGGGGGUCGCGCCGAGCCCCACCGACGAAGGAGCACUCCGGACCGGACACGGGGACCACGGAGAGCCGGGCCAUCAGGAGCCUCACAAGGACUCCUACAGCACAUUCGCCUCCGAGUUCCUGGAGUCCAGAUAUUUGUCUGAUGAGGGUUAUCCAUUCCCCACAGCCCCACCAGUGGAUCCUUUUGCCAAGAUCAAAGUCAGUGACUGCGGAGUAACCAAAGGCUGCAUAAGGUAUGGGAAACCAGGGUGCGAUGCAGAGACGUGUGACUACUUUCUGAGCUAUCGUCGCAUCGGCACAGAUGUUGAGUUUGAGAUGAGUGCGGACACAGAUGGCUGGGUGGCUGUGGGUUUCUCCUCUGACAAGAAAAUGGGAGGAGACGAUGUGAUGGGGUGCGUUCACGAUGAUAACGGGCGUGUGAGAAUACACCAUUUCUACAACGUCGGCCAGUGGGCCAAGGAGAUCAAGAGGAACCCUGCUCGGGAUGAAGAGGGAAUCUUUGAGAACAACCGGGUUACCUGCCGUUUCAAGCGGCCGUUAUAUGUCCCUAGAGAGGAAACGCUGGUGGACUUACAUCUCUCCUGGUAUUACCUGUUUGCGUGGGGACCUGCUAUUCAAGGUUCCAUCACGAGGCAUGACAUUGACAGUCCUCCAGUCAGCGACCGCAUGAUCAGCAUCUAUAAAUACGAAGACAUCUUCAUGCCUUCCACAGCCUAUCAGACCUUCAAUUCUCCGAUAUGCUUACUGCUCAUAGUAGCUCUCACCUUCUAUUUGCUCAUGGGAACGCCAUAAUGAAGCACAGCUGAUCAUAGUGGAGAGUAGGGAGUUGAGAUGAUCAUGCAGCAAUAAAAAAAAUGUUGGUUGCCACAACAAAGUGUGAACUUUGCACAGAUAAAGACUAUUUUAUUAAACAUGAUAGAUUAAAUAAGUAUUACUAAUCUUGACAAAUUAAUAAGCAAAUGCUAUGGAGGAGGAAUGUGCUUCAGAUAAUUGACAGAGUAGUAUCAGUUUAAACUGUCUUGUUCAGUAUUUAUGACGGCAUCUUUUGAUUUAGAAGACAGUAUCUACACAUACCAAUAAAUAAUCUGGGAGCCAUUUCAGAAUCCCGCAGUUUGCUGGCGACUUGUGUGGAAAUUUCCUGGAACACAAAGACAAAGCAAAAAUGACAUGAAAGCGCUUUCCUCUGGUUUCCCUACAGUGUUAAUUAUGAGGCAACAUAUCCUCCUCAGCCAAAACGACUGCUUGUUUAUAAGGUGGGAAGAAACACUCAGACCUGAGGUGAUAAUGUCUUACAUAAGCAAUACUUCACCGAAAAAGAGUAAUACCUUGUUUUUCCCUCAUAUUGUUGCUGUAGCAUUUUAUUCAGAAUUGAAGAUUCCUGAAAAUGUUAGAAUGACCAAAGCAAUCUGUUAUUGCAUCACAGAACCUUCAAAGAACAGAAAAGUAAGUUCAAAUAAAAAUAUAUAAUAUUU